AUGGCCAAAGCCAUCGUGAAGAAGUUCCUUACGAGGAAGGAGGGGUCUGUGCUGCGUGCAUGGGUCCAACGCCUCGAUCCAGAUUGUGAGCGCCAAGUCUCGCAGCAGCAGUUUUUGCGCUAUCUGCGAGACGCGAAGUAUCCAGAGGAUCCGACGGCCCUCUUCGAGGGGCUCGAUGAAGACGGUGGAGGGGAGCUCUCCUUGCAGGACCUGGACGAGGAAGAUGGAAGUCUCUACUGGAACUUCCAAGAGUUCUGCGUGCUGAAGUUCCGGAAAGGUGUCGAGGACUUCAUGCGGUCGAUGGGGAGCUCCAACGCUUGGGAACAGAUAGAGGAUAUGAAGAUAUCCUUUACGCAGUUUCGGGAAGGCUUGCAGUCUUUGGGUUGGGAGGAAGGUCAUGAAGAUCGCAUCUUUGAUGCCCUCAGUCUCGAUCAGCGAAAUCUCAUCAAGGCCGACAUGAAAUGGCUUGACGUGGAGUGUCGAAGAGUUGCUCGGAAGGAGAAGGCACGCUGGCUUGCGGUUCAGGAGCAGCGGCUGAGGGAGAGACGAUCCAAGCAGCGUGACCCAAGCGAGGUUCUUCUUGAAUUCAAGAAUAUGUUGAAGCGGAAGUACGGCACUCUUAUCCGUGCUUGGCGCAGGGCUCUCUGCCAGAGAGACACUAUGACGUUGCAGAGAUCUCAGUUCUUGAAGGCAUGCUCAGAGCUUGGUUGGAGAAAGGAUGUGCGAGGAAUGUGGCAGAAGAUGGACAGAGACAGCAACGGCUGCGUUACAUUGGAGGAGUUCGACUAUGAGAGUGCUCAGGUCCUGGCGCACUUUAGCAAGUUCGUGACGGAUAGCUUCAGAAGUUAUGAGGUUGCCUUUACGGUUUUGGACGCAGAUCGCAAUAAUUACGUGCCAUUCGAGGAGUUUUCCACGAGGCUUGGCCAGCUGGGGUUCAAGCAUUCGACGGCGGACCUCUUUGCGGCGCUGGACCUGCAGAAUACGGGUCGCCUGUACCAGGAGGAUUUUCGCUUCCUGGAGAAGUGGCAGACUCAGCCCAUUGACCCAGACUGUGCAGGCAGCCUCAUCCUUUCGCCAGGUCAAAGCCAGGCCGUGAGAAGCGAGGAAAGUUGGUUCCAUCCAGCAACAACCGGUGCAGCUGGGAGGUUCCAAAGCGCCUGCAAAGAGGUCGGAUGGAGCGAGGACGUGCCAGGUGCAUGGUGUGCCCUCGACAAAAGAAAAGCUGGUAGCCUGACGCUUCAAGACAUCGAUCCGAGUGCCGGUGAAGCUCUGGUCUCCUUUCGCGAUUGGGCGGUGGAGCAGUUCGGGAGCGUGAAGACAUGCUUCAUGGUUCUUGACGAUGAUGGAUCGAACGAAGUCACAUCCUUCGAGUUCAAGCAGGCAUGCCGUGCCUACGGAUACAGGGGGCCGGCCAAAUUGGCAUUCAAGGCCUUGGACACGAACGGGCGUGGCGCAUUAUGCACAGAUGACGUUGCCUUCCUUGACGAGUGGGCCGGCAG